GAGAGUGGAGAAAGGAGAAAGCGGGCAGGCUCAGAGUGCGCGGGGCCGGGGCUCGGCGAGCCGGAGGAGCGUUGCUAAUGUUUUUGUUUGUUUGCUUUUCCAUGCAUGCAUAAUGAGGGGGCACCGCGGCACCACGCGGGGGCUCCCGGCCCACUUUUGUAUUUAAAGCCUAGCUGCGAGCGAGUCCGCAGCGAGGUUCAGUGGAUCCGCUCCCCGGGCUCCUUGUCACCCGAGAAGCCGUCGCCGAGGGAAGCCCGGGAGCCGCUCUCCAGCCGCGCCGAAGUUCUUUCCUCCGCGCCGCCCGGAAAGGGCUCCCCAGAGCUCGGCCGAGGCCGGGGUCGCCGCGGGCGGAGGGGGAGGGGACGCGGGCUUCCUGGCCGCGGGAACGCGGGCAGCGCACGGACUAGAGCCAGGAAGCGGCGCGAUGCGAGAGUCCGCGGCCGCGGCUGCGGCGGCAGCGGCGCGGCGCUGACUCCGGAGGAAAGAGCCGCGGCGGCCGCACAACGGAUCUGCAGGCGCGGAGCAAGAUGCAACCGCGGCGCCGCGCGGUCCUGCAGCCCCGCCGCGGCCCUGCGGCCCGCAGCCCCCCGGGGCAGCAGUGAGCGCCUCCCGCCACCGCCGGGGGCCGACUGGAGGCGCCCUCCGCGGCUGUGCAUUUCUAGGAAGCCACCGCAGCCCGAGUGCCAGCCGACCUUCUGCAAGCAGCGGGACACCAGAGAGCGGCGCGCAUGGAUUUAUGAAAACACUCAUGCAAGAAGUUGGCAGGACUGGGGCAAACUUUUCCACCGGCUCCGCGUCCGUCGCUGCCCGCUCCUCGUCUCCUUUCCCCUCCUCGCCCGGAGGCCGCCGCUGCCCGCGAUGGUGGCAGGGUUGCUGGGCGGCGGCGGCUGGGCCCGCGGGGGGACCGUGCCGGGCUCCUGGUUGUGCCUGAUGGCGCUGCUGCAGCUGCUGGGCUCGGCGCCGCGGGGCUCGGGACUGGCGCACGGCCGCCGCCUCAUCUGCUGGCAGGCGCUGCUGCAGUGCCAGGGGGAGCCGGAGUGCAGCUACGCCUACAGCCAGUAUGCCGAGGCGUGCGCGCCGGUGUUGGCGCAGCCCGGCGGUGGCGACUCUCCGGGGGCCGCCGCCGCCACCUUCCCGGCCGCCGCCGCCUCCUUCUCGUCGCGCUGGCGCUGUCCGAGCCACUGCAUCUCGGCCCUCAUUCAGCUUAACCACACGCGCCGCGGGCCCGCCCUGGAGGAUUGUGACUGCGCGCAGGACGAGAACUGCAAGUCCACCAAGCGCGCCAUUGAGCCGUGCCUUCCCCGGACAAGCAGCGGAGGCGCGGGCGGCCCGGGCGCGGGUGGGGUCAUGGGUUGCACCGAGGCCCGGCGGCGCUGCGACCGCGACAGCCGUUGCAACCUGGCGCUCAGCCGUUACCUGACCUACUGCGGCAAGCUCUUCAACGGGCUUCGCUGCACCGACGAGUGCCGCACGGUCAUCGAGGACAUGCUGGCCGUGCCCAAGGCGGCGCUGCUCAACGACUGCGUGUGCGACGGUCUGGAGCGACCCAUCUGCGAGUCAGUCAAGGAGAACAUGGCCCGCCUGUGCUUCGGCGCUGAGCUCGGCAACGGCCCGGGCAGCAGCGGCUCGGACGGGGGCCUGGACGACUAUUACGACGAGGACUACGACGACGAGCAGCGCGCCGGGGGCGCGGGUGGUGAGCAGCCGCUGGACGACGACGACGGCGUCCCGCACCCGCCGCGCCCGGGCGGCGGCGCUGCAGCGGCCGGCGGCCGCGGGGACUUGCCCUAUGGGCCCGGGCGCCGGAGCAGCGGCGGCGGCCUCGCGGCGCCCCGAGGCGCUUGGAUCCCGCUCGCCUCCAUCUUGCUGCUGCUGCUCCAGGGGCUCUUCUAGAACCCCGCGCCCCCGCCGUUGGCUGAGGGAGGGCCGACGCCAGGGCACCUGUGGCUUGGGGACAGAGGGGAUGAUUACGGAUACUUGCCAAAAACGUUCUCGAAGUAGACUCUGCCUUAGCCCGUCUCCCUUCCACGACUCUUGGCACUUGCCGGUGUCCUCUUCCGAGCUUGACAUCCUCCCUUGCCCCGUCCCGGGUCGCAGAACCAUCCAACUGGUACUGUAAAAACUAGCCUGGCUAGGGCUCAGGAAGCCCGAGGGCACACGAGCGUGCGGGGCGCAGAACCGUAGUCUUGGACUCGGAAUAAAGGACGCAGACCAGUGGGGCCUUACCAGCUUUAAGGGACUGGGUUUGGAGAGGGGGUUGAAGGAUUUAUAUUUGUAAAGGAGCUCUGUUUAUUAGCGUUUUUUCCUUGGGGGGGGGGGUGCCGGUAUCGACAUUUAUUGUGCCAGUGAGGACAUUGCAAUCGUGAAUAAUCAGAAAAACCCCACUUACUGUUCACUAGUUUACUCUUGGUCAGCGGCCAGAAUUUGCAGUUUGGCGGGGAGGAGGACGGAGGGAUCCUUAAUUUCAUUGCCGCCAUUCUGAUCUCUUAGCACAUUUUUUAGGUUGAAGGGUCAAAAAAUGCUGAUCCUAAAGAGUUGCUAGUGGUGAUAAACAAUGCAAGUUUUUAUUUAAAAGAGCUGCGCACUGCCAUCUAUGAAAGCUUCUUUACGAUGUUUGUUUUGUUGUCAUUUUUUUUCUUUAUAUUAAGAAGAGUGUAUGUACAAAUACGCGGGGAAUGUAUAUUGCCUCUGCUUUUAUCAGGGUGCUAAACCCUGGUACUUCCUAUAUAAAGUGUAUUAAAACUGGGGUUUGUUACCAGUUGCUGUACUUUGUAUAUAGAAUUUUUAUAAAUUGUAUGCUUCAAAAAUAAUUUAUUUUAAAAAGAAAUGAAAAAUUUUAAAUCCACACCCAUGUUACUUACACCUGUCACCAGGGACCCAAACCACAGUCCAUUGUGAUGUGUGCCCUAUCCAGAACAGUCUUAAAAUGUACAGUGUAUUUUAUAGAUCUGAAGUUAACAUUCUUAUUUUCAAGAGAAUUUAUGGAAUUGUAGAAAUGUAUAAAUGCAUUUCCAAACUGCCUUAAACAUUGUAUUUUUAUAGACAUUUUUUUAAAGUCCUAUGUUUUAAAUAACUCUGGCUUUGUGUAUUUUUUGGUUAUUUGUUUUAUUAAAAUGUGUACAUCAGUAAAGAGUUUUAAAUAAUGAA